AUGACACAAGAGAGAGUGGCGGUGAGGGUGCAGCAGAGCCUGCCCGUCUACCACGACGCCAUGAGUGACGUCCGGCAGGCAGGACCCGUUCGGCAGGUCAGUGUGAAUGAGGGGCACGCAACGAGACAGAGUGUGCGCUUCCAGGGCGAGACCUUCGCCCAGCUCAAGGAGCGGCUGCUGGCAGCGGCCGUGCCCGGAAACAACGUCCGCUUGCUCGUGAACGAGGAUUGGACUGUGCUACUGGACGAUGAUCUGCUGCCAGAAGGAGACCUGCAGAUCAGAACCAUGGACCCAGGGACAGACAGGAGCUAUGCCAUAGUGUUCCAGCGCCGUGGUUGCUGA